CUCGCCAUUUUCCUCCUCCUUUUCUUCUCUUUUGACCUACCCAUGUUGCCAAGAAACAUUAGAAUAUGCAUUGCACGCACACUGUCGUCACAUGUUAAACCAUAUUUUGGACCAUCAUUUGGGUUUCUUGAUCUAGCCCCUUCCUCUUCUCUCUUUUUUGGUUCCGGUCGUCCUUUCUGAUCGCCUCUCUUUCCUCCUCCUCCUCCUGCGCAUUUCCCGUCCGCUGAUAACUUUCCCGGAAAAUCUGAUUAGCCUCUCCUCUGCCUCUCAAGUUUCUCGGUCCGCACCAGUAUCGAUCUUUGUCUGGUAUCUACAAAAGGCGAAGGGUGAGCCAUCGUCAUGGGGGAGUCUCCUGCUUCAUACAUCCGAAUGGUGCACCACCUGAUAGAGGAGUGUAUACUCUUCAACAUGAGCAAAGAGGAGUGCAUGGAGGCUCUCUCCAAACAUGCAAACAUCGAGCCCGUCAUCACUUCCACAGUGUGGAAUGAGUUGGAGAAAGAGAACAAGGAGUUCUUCGAGGCCUACGGCGGGAGGAGCAUGAGGGACGAGCAGGAGAGAGGCUCGCGCGUGGAGACAAGACAGAGGAUCCAGAAGAUGCUCUCCGAUGCCACCUCCAAACUACACGACGCCCAACAUCACUAAGCUUCGCUUUUCAGUUCCCCUCCUCCGACAACGAUCUGUCAUUGCCGUCGUUAUACGUCGCUCCAACUCUUCUCACAGACCAUAUUAAGUAUAUAUGCCUCCUAGUUAGCUAGUCGCGUUUCUCUUUUGGUUCCUUAUAUGUAACUAUUAGUCCGUAAAUUUCGAUCUGGUAUAAUAAUAGAAUGUAAUCAGAUAAUAUUUAUUCGAUA